GUUUCUCCCAGGUUGCUGCCACCUUACAAUUUGCAUCCCCAACUCAAAGCCCCGGGAGUCGGACUGCAGUGAACUGCGCCCAAAGAAACACGUGCACCAUUGCAUCUCAAUGUCCGACUCGGAGUCCUGAAGCUCAGCUCGCAAUGCUCCUUCAUCUGCCACUACCCCUCAAUGCCUUAGUGGUAUUUUAUCUGACCAUCGCGAGCUCGGUGAGCGCAGCAUUGGCAGAUCAGUCCAACUUGAAGGGAGUCAAUAAUGAACCCUCGAAAAGACGAGGCUACUCGAGGGGAGAGCCCGUCCCCGUCAGUUGCUUGAACAGGACCAUUGAGACCGGGGAACAUAUCACCGACGCACAUGGCAACCUCCAAUAUAUACCAUUCCCGACAUGCAACGAAACGAACCAGCCGUUAUCCUUCCUCUACAACACGCCGCAGACGCAGACGUGUACGAUCGACGCGCUUCCGGACGAACUAUACCAUUUAUUCGAGUUUUUCGUGCACAGCGAUGUGCCGCUGACGUGUCGCGUUCCAUCGUACCCCUUAGAAGAGCAAGGCGCCUCACCAAUAUCCGGAACCACAGAAGCAGAAAAAAGUCUCUCAUGGACACCAUUCACAAUUGCGCUCCAGGGCACGUUGCAGCUCUCCCACCUCCAUCUCCACACCAACAUCAAUGUUCUGUUCCACAUGUCACAGCAAGACAGCGCGUCGUCUAGUACCGACAACGAACUGUCGCAUCUGAUUGCUUCGACCGCAUACUCUGUCCCCAACACCUCUUCGUCGUCCACCACACCGGUCGAAGGCACCAAGAUCCUCCGCAACGAGCCCGUGGUACUUACAUUCAAUGUUGGCUGGAUAGACGGUGCGGUGUUACCGGGCAUGGUGGGCCGGCCUGUCCUGGGAGUUCGCGACCAUAGUGUGGGCUUUUCGCUGCUCAGCUUCUUCGCCCUGUCUGCGAGUGCUGGCGUCGGCGCCAUGGCCAUGCUGAUCUAUGAGAGACGAAAGAGUGGCAGGAGCGGUAUGUACGGCAAUGGCAUUCUGGGAGGCAAUGUCGGCAAUGGCGGCGUCGUCAGAAGUUCCGGAUAUGGUGGCUACGGGGGGUAUUCCAGUAUAGCGGGCAAAAGAGAUUAAAAUGAUUUGAGCCUUGCUAUGAGAUGCGCCCCCGGAACGCAACAACCUUUUCAGUGACAGUCUCCCCCUGGUCAGUCACAAAAUGAGCGAUAUUUUAAACUUCAUUUGGACAACAAUGCCAUGAUUGGAUGACUGACUGGAACUGAUAUCUGGUACCUAUUGCUGUUCUUGUAUAGUAGGUAUUGUCUUGGCCAUCCGGACAAUCACAUUCCGAGAGUCAUUCCUACUCAUCUAAGGCAAAUACCAAGGCAUGUUACCGUAGGAUAGUAUAAAUAACUGGCCUAGGG